AUGGAUGCAGAAGAGUGGAUUGAAUCCAUCGUCAGAGCACUCAUGUUCCUGGCGGGAGUCCUGGGAAAUAACUGGUUGGCUAUCCGCUCUCUGCCUGGGCAUAAAUCCUCAAUCCGCACCAACGAGGUCCUGUUCAUCAACCUGGCUAUUUCCAACCUCAUCACCAACUACCUGGUGGACCUGCCUGACACCAUGGCUGAUUUUGAAGACCGAUGGUUCCUGGGAGAAACUUACUGCGGCGUGUUUCGUUUCUGCUCUGACCUAUCAGAGACCAGCAGCAUCUACUCCACCUUCUUCAUCAGUGUGUUCUGGUACCAGAAGCUGGUCGGCUCCCUGAAACGGGGAGGUGCACCCGUGCAGCUGGACAGCCUUCGCUUGAUAGCCUGUCUGCUGGCUGGAAGCUGGAUGCUGGCCAUAGCCUUCAGCAUCCCACACUUCUUCUUUGUCACAGUGGAGGCGACAAACGACAGCCAUGAAGACUGCAUAGACGUCUUCCCUAAUGCGGUUGCGAGGCAAACCUAUGACAUAUUGUAUUUAACUUUGGCUAAUGCCGUCCCGAUUGCUGGGAUAGUGUAUUCCAGCAUCCAGAUCGUCAUCACUCUGCUGCAAAACAAGAGACGCAUAAAUGGUCAUAAGUCUGACAACACCAAAGAUACCGGUAAAGACAACAGCAAAGGUCCUGGAAAUAAAACUGAGAACAGCCUCAGUACCGUUGAUGGCCCAGGAGCUUCUCCUGAUUACAGAGCUUCUCCAUCCCUUACCAACAUCCACACUGGGGUGCCAAGUCUUUCCUGUUCUGAUGAGGGCCCCCCAGGUCACACCUCCUCCAGCGCUCCUCUCUGCGCUGAAGCCAGCACCGAGAACAGAGCUGGAGCUCCUUCAAGUCUUUCAAGGCCCAGCCAGCCGCCCGCCAAGCCCACUCAAAGCUCAAGCACUCAGGUCAGGGCGGCCAAGAGUGUGGUGGCUGUAGCCAGCGUGUUCCUGGUCUGCUGGCUGAGUCAUCUCCUUCUGCGCAUCACCAACAACAUCCACACCUCGUCACUCAUAGUGGAGGUGGCCAGUUAUGUUGCAGCCUCCUACACCUGCAUCAUCCCUUACAUUUUCCUGCAUGGAGUGAAAAAACUGUCUUGCUCUUGCAGGAGAUAA